GUUGUGCUCUCGAUAUCUGAUGUCAAUCACACGUACAGAGUAUUGCCAUUGCAUUUCAAUGUGUGUACAGCAUAUGUGAACACCUGUAGGGGUGCUGUGCGUUGCUGUACGUCUGAUGUCAGUCAAGUGAAGAUAAAUGAAAUGAAAAUGCAAGCAUAUUUUGAAGUGAAAAAUUCACGUGAUUUCACGGGUAAAGUAGUGUUGGUCACCGGUUCGAGCUCUGGUAUAGGCGAGGGUAUUGUCAAACUGUUUGCUAUAUUGGGGGCCAAUGUUGUGGUCACCGGUCGUAAUGAGACGGAGAUUCAAAGAGUGGCCAAAGAAGUGCUGGAAUUGUCACCAAAUAAAUUAAAGCCAUUACAAGUGUCGGCAGAUUUAACCAAAACUGAUGACAUUAAGAAAUUAAUUGACGAAACAAUUAAAACGUUUGGAAAAUUGGAUGUUUUGGUAAAUAAUUCAGGAAUUGUCCCAAAUUUAGACAUUCACGACAAGAAUGUGAUGGAAGAAUGGGAUAAAGUUAUGAAUAUUGAUUUGAGAGCUGUCGUAGAGGUGAUCCACUCGGCUGUCCCACACCUGGAGGCGUCCAAAGGUGUCAUUAUUAACAUCUCGAGCGGUGCCGCUGGUUUAAAUAUGUUAACCCGAGUACUGGCCCUACAGUUGGCUCCCAAAGGGGUUAGAGUUAAUACUGUUAGUCCGGGUGUAACUAAAGUGCCUGCAAUGCCUGCCGGACGCGAACAGGUAUACGAGCCAUAUAUACCGCUCCGGUCUGUUGAUGUAAUACAAUCGCGUAAUUUUACCGACAAAGUAGUGUUGAUCACGGGUUCGAGCUCUGGUAUAGGCGAGGGUAUCGCCAAACUGUUUGCCGUAUUGGGGGCUAAAGUGGUGGUCACCGGCAGAAAAGAGGCCGACGUUCAUAAAGUGGCCCUCGAGUUGGAAAAGCUAUCCCCGUAUAAGAUCAAGCCCUUAGAAGUUGCGGCGGAUUUGACUAAAUCUGAAGACAUCAAUAGAUUGGUUGAACAAACCAUAAAGACUUUUGGAAAGUUGGAUGUAUUGGUGAACAACGCCGGCGCCGGAAAAGCCACUCUUAUCGGUGAUCCGGAUUUGUUGAAGUCGUGGGACUUUACUUUUGGGAUUGACUUAAGAGCUGUCGUCGAGCUGACCCACGCCGCUGUGCCAUACCUGGAGAAAACAAACGGCACUAUUAUUGACACUUCCAGUAUUGCAGCAACAUAUCCGGGCUCUUCGGCCUACAACUGUGCCAAAGCCGGUCUCAAUAUGUUGGCUGAGGUUCUGGCACUGGAAUUGGGCCCCAAAGGCAUUCGUGUCAAUACUAUUAGCCCGGGCUUUACUGAAGUGGACACCCAUUCACUUCCACCCGACGUACAGAAAUUAAUUGUAAAACAAACUCCACUUCGACGCGUCGGCCAACCGUUAGAUAUGGCUAAAGCUGUGGCAUUUCUGGCCUCAACCGACGCCCACUCUGGUAUAGGCGAGGGUAUCGCCAAACUGUUUGCCGUAUUGGGGGCUAAAGUGGUGGUCACCGGCAGAAAAGAGGCCGACGUUCAUAAAGUGGCCCUCGAGUUGGAAAAGCUAUCCCCGUAUAAGAUCAAGCCCUUAGAAGUUGUGGCGGAUUUGACUAAAUCUGAAGACAUCACAAGAUUAGUGGAUCAAACCAUUAAGACUUUCGGAAAGUUGGAUGUGUUGGUGAACAACGCGGGCGGCGGUGCGUCUACUUAUAUCUGGGACUCAGGAUUGUUGGCCGCUUGGGAUCAGAUAUUUAACAUUAAUUUGAGAGGUGUUGUUGAGCUGAUCCACACUACGGUACCACAUCUGGAGAAGACUAACGGAACUAUUAUUGACACAUCCAGUAUCGCCGGUAUAGCACCGUUCUCAGAUAUGGUGGCUUACAGUAGCGCCAAAGCAGCCCUAACUAUGUUGGCUAAAGUAUUGGCCCUUGAAUUAGGCCCCAAAGGCAUACGUGUGAAUACUCUCAGUGCCAAAGCGGCACUCAAUAUGUUGGCUAAAGUUUUGGCUCUUGAACUUGGUCCUAAAGGCAUUCGUGUGAAUACUAUCAGUCCCGGUUAUACUGAAGUCGAGAGUCAUUUACUUCCGCCUGAUUUUAGGAAAAUAAUUGAAAAACAAACACCACUUAAACAUGUGAUACAAUCGCGUAAUUUUACCGACAAAGUAGUGUUGGUCACCGGUUCGAGCUCUGGAAUAGGCGAGGGUAUUGUCAAACUGUUUGCCGUAUUGGGCGCUAAAGUGGUGGUUACCGCCAGAAAGGUGGCCGACGUUCAUAGAGUGGCCCUCGAGUUAGAAAAAUUAUCUCCCUAUAAGAUCAAGCCCUUAGAAGUUGCGGCGGAUUUGACUAAACCUGAAGACAUUAAUAGAUUGGUUGAACAAACCAUAAAGACUUUCGGAAAGUUGGAUGUAUUGGUGAACAACGCGGGCAUAGGUUUGGCCACUUUUAUUAAGGACACGGGACUAAUGGCUACAUGGGAUCAAGUGUUUAACGUUGAUUUGAGAGCUGUUAUUGAGCUAACCCACUCUGCCGUCCCAUACUUGGAAAAGACCAACGGAACUAUUAUCGACACAUCCAGUAUUUUAGACACAGCACCCAGAUUAAGUGCAAUGGCUUAUAAUUGUGCCAAAGCAGCCCUAACUAUGUUGGCUAAAGUGUUGGCCCUUGAAUUGGGCCCCAAAGGCAUACGUGUGAAUACUAUCAGUCCAGGUUUUACUGAAGUUGAGAGCCAUUUAUUUCCACCCGAUUUUAAAAAGUUGGUCGAAAAACGGACACCACUUAAACUGAUCUUGGUCACCGGCUCGUCAUCGGGUAUCGGCGCCGAAAUCACUAAACUAUUCUCCAUUCUGGGCGCCCGAGUGGUGGUCACCGGCCGUAAGGCACCCGAAGUAGAGAAAGUGGCCAAAGAGGUCCAGGAGUUGUCGCCAAAGCAAUUAAAACCGUUACAAGUGGUCGCGGAUUUGACCAAAACCGAGGACUUAAACCGACUGUUGGACGAGACGAUCAAGACGUUUGGCAAACUGGAUGUGUUGGUGAACAAUGCGGGCAUUUAUUUCAACACAACCAUCGGUGACGCAAAUCUGUUGACAAAAUGGGAUCAGAUAUUUGCCAUCGAUCUGAGAGCAGUCGUACAACUCAUCCAACAAUCGGUUCCGCAUUUGAAGAAAACAAACGGCACUAUAAUUGACAUCUCGGCCAUUGAGGGCACUCGACCCGGUAUUGUCAAACUAUUUGCCAUAUUAGGGGCCAAAGUGGUGGUCACCGGUCGUAAUGCAACAGAGAUAGCCAAAGUGGCCCAAGAAGUGCAACUAUUAUCACCCGAAGGGUUAAAACCAUUACAAGUGGUGGCAGAUCUCGGCAAAAGCGAUGACAUAAACAAAUUGAUUUCGCAAACUAUCAGUACGUUUGGCAAAUUGGAUGUAUUGGUCAACAACGCCGGCGUUUACCCGAUGUCACCCAUUGAUGACACAAACUUCAUGAAGACUUUUGACCAGGUGUUUAACAUUGACCUCCGGGCCAUCGUUGAGACUAUUCAGAUAUCGGUGCCAUAUAUGGCCAAAACUAACGGCACAAUUAUUAACAUAUCCAGUAUCGCUGCCCUCCAUCCGGCGGCCCUCGAUAUGCUGACCCGUGUGUUGGCCCUCGAGUUGGGUCCCCGCGGUAUUCGUGUCAAUACUAUUAAUCCGGGAACCAUUCAAGUUCCACACAUGGAUAUGAGUGUUGAUUUGAUUAAGAAAAUGGUUAAAAAUAUAAUCAAUUUGACACCACUUGAACGACUCGGACAACCCCUGGAUGUGGCCAAAGGGGUGGUAUUCCUGGCAUCCAGUGAUGCUGACUUCAUAACGGGUGCUAAUAUUGUGGUCGAUGGUGGCUUCGGCUUUAAUGACCAUGCUGAGGCCUCCGUCUAUCACCACAUUCUGACC